ACUCCCGCACCAUUUCCGAAGACGCUAAAAAAAAAUGAAAUUUAAAACAAUCUUCUAGGCACAUGCACUCACAUAUACAGUCAUAAUGUUUUCCCACGCACUUUUGCGCCCACAAUUGGCCACAGUUGCCAUCGCCACCGGUGCAUUAGCCGGGACUGCAACAUCGGACGAAAUGCUGCUGCUCGAUGAGGAUAUCCUCAUCACACAAGCGUACUACGGCAAUUCGCCGCUCUUUGCCUUUGAUUCAUCAUCGCUGGUGGAUUUUCAACAGUUGCUGCAGAGUGACGCAUUCAAACAGAAUAUGUCACUGACACUUAAUAUCUCAACGGAAAAUCUGACAGAUCUGUUGAAUACGGCGCAACUAAAUCAAACUUUAGAGCUACCACAGCAACAGCUUUCCAUGUCCGUAUUAAUAACGCUCACGAUUUUCUAUGCAAUCAUUUUUGUGGCGGGCGUGCUGGGCAACCUUAUCACAUGCAUCGUUAUAUCGCGAAAUAAGUUUAUGCAUACAGCGACAAAUUUCUAUUUAUUCAACUUGGCUGUUUCCGAUUUGAUGUUGCUGCUGUCAGGCGCGCCGCAAGACGUUUACAGUUAUUGGUAUCCGAAUGCCUUUCCAUUUGGGGAUGUGAUAUGUAUAUUGGGAAGCGUUUUAGCGGAAACCGCCACAAAUGCAACGGUAUUGACAAUCACAGCAUUUACCGUUGAACGAUACAUAGCGAUAUGUCAUCCAUUUCGACAGCACACCAUGUCCAAGCUAUCGCGCGCCAUCAAGUUCAUCUUCGCCAUUUGGGUGACUGCGCUGCUACUUGCCCUGCCGCAGGCAAUGCAAUUCUCGGUUGUGUCAGAGCAGGGCGGCACCUCGUGCACGAUUGGCAAUCAUUUUGUCGAGCAUGUUUUCGCCGUUUCGGGCUUUAUCUUCUUUGUCGGUCCCAUGACGGCAAUUUGUGUACUCUAUGUACUAAUUGGUAUAAAGUUGAAGCGUAGCCGAUUGCUGCAGGCAGUGCCACGGCGUAGUUUUGAUGUGCAUCGCGGGAUCAGCGCACAAAGUCGUGUGAUCAGAAUGCUGAUUGCCGUUGCUGUGGCGUUCUUUCUGUGCUGGGCACCCUUUCACGCACAACGCUUGAUGGCUGUAUACGGCAGCAGUGCCAACAUUGAAUCGCAACUCUUUAAAGAUGUCUUCGAAGCUGUCGACCUUAUAUCCGGUGUGCUGUAUUACCUAUCGACGUGUAUUAAUCCGCUGCUAUACAACAUCAUGAGUCACAAAUUUCGUGAUGCUUUUAAGGUAACUCUGGCACGUCAAUUUGGAUUCCCCGGUCGCUAUCAGAGUCAAAGCCACAACUAUAGCGCCCUCCUGCGACAGAAUGGUUCCAUGCGCCUCCACACAACGGAUAGCAUCAGAACAACAACAACAACGACAACAAUUAACAGCAGCGGCGGCGGAGGCAGCGCUAUGGGUAGCAUUAUUUUGAGCGGAGUAGGCGGCAAUAGCGCCAGUCGUCAAUCAUCGCAUCGCUCGCGUUACACCUCAGUUGGUUCACAAUCCCCACUCACAGCGACGCUGACGAGGCAUAACGAAAUCGCAACGAAUAAAGUGAACGGUUCGACAGCAGUAUCCACACCCAGGCAACAACACCAUCACAAGCUGCAAUCCCAACUAUCGCAGCGGUCCAACGGCGCCGACAGCAACUUACUGCUCGACAUGGAGUUGGGUGCGGGACAUGGCUAUUGUCACGGCCAUCCGCAGCCGGUGGCGAUUAAUUUCAGUAGAAAUAAUAACUUGCGACGUUCCGUCAUUAGCAAUAAUGUGAUGCAAGCCGUGCGUAAUGCGCGACCUUUGUGUGAUGAUCGCGCAUCGAUUAACUCGCAGGAGUGGGAUAGCAACGCCAGUCAAUAUGAACUUUGCGACAUAGUACAUUGCCUUGGCGAGCCCGAGUCCGAAUUGCCAAACCCAGUAUCGCCAGCUAGUCUAACGAUGAGCCGCCUGCCAGCCACGCAGCCUGUGCAACCGGUACAGCCGGUAAAUUCCAUAGCGGAAUUGGACGUGCAUGCGCCGGCACGCGCGCGUCUCAAACUUUCACGAAUUAUCAGCCGACGUGACCAGGACACUUUGUUGGCCAAGUCCAUUCCGCGCGCUGAACUAAUGCGCAGCGCUGUUAACGUACCUAAUGUGCCUGGUUCACCGUUUACGACAUACGAAAGUGAUAAGACGAAGCAUGCGAGACCCGCAAAUAACGGACGUACGCACAAAACAUUCGACACACUCACCGGCAUGUUCCACUGGCGAGCACGUAAAAAAGAGUUAAAUGGCCGCCAUGUUGGUCGGGGUGGUGGCGAUGUUGGUGGCGCUGUCAAUGGCGGUGGCAAGAAACGCAUGCGACGAGAUAGCACUUCUAUGACACACGCCCACACGAGUACACAUGGUACGCCCACAACUCGGGUAGCGCUUAUGCGUAGCAUAUCGGCCACAGCGCCAGGCAUGCUCGAGUCUACACUCAACGCCGAUAUAUCGGGACAAAAGCUGUAAAAGGGACACGCACGCUGUGCAAUGCGUAGCAUUUUUUGCAACUUAACAAAGUACAUACAAAGUGAACUAAUAUUUCGUGUAUGACUUUGGUCAGGUCACACAGACCAGAUGACGCCAAAUUCAGGCCUUGCGUACUUACUCAUACAUACAUAUGUACAAAUAUAUGUGCGCGUGUGCAAACGUCCGACAUAUUCAAACUCACUGACCCUUACAGCUUGCCCAUACAUAUGUACGUGGUAAGUGAUAUAAAACAGAGCCACAGAAAAAUUAUUUAAGUAGAAAAAGCACAGCUCUUCAUAGUCAAGUUCACGUUAAGAACAAUCUUCUCACACCAACUUCACCUAUGCAGUCACGGCCACGUUAAGUGCGAGUUCACUAAAUCAUCUGAGCAGUCUGUCUCAUCAGCGUGUUAGGCCACUUAUCAAGCCAAUUUAUUGGCAUAGCCACCCGUCCUACUAACCACAAAACACACACACACACAUCCUUUACAUACACACAUGCAUGCAUACUUACAUAUGUAUGUGAGCUGUUCUUCAUAAAUAUAUGUACUACGAGUAAUGCUUGCGGUGUUAUUCACAUUACAUUUGUAUCUUGUCGUAUCGCUUCCAUUUGCCAUAUUUGCGUAAAUACAGAAAUGAAAUAAAUCGUAAGAAAUCCCUAGUCAGACAAGCGAAUCGCUUCAAAUGCCAUAACAUUAAGAUUCGAGAAAAUCAAGCCCACAACCCGAUUGAAAUGUGACAUAUGUUAAUGGUGAUUUUCAGCAGCUGAAAAUUGAGAAGUGUUGCAAAGUGAGAAAAACACUCUCUGUGCAAAACAAAGUCAUAUAUUUUUAG